CAUGCCGGUGCUGUCAGAGGACUCGGGUUUGCAUGAAACCCUGGCUCUGCUUACCUCUCAGCUCAGACCUGACUCCAACCACAAGGAAGAAAUGGGCUUCCUGAGGGAUGUCUUCAGUGAGAAAAGCCUCAGCUACUUAAUGAAGAUUCACGAGAAGCUACGCUAUUAUGAGAGGCAGAGCCCCACCCCUGUCCUGCACAGCGCCAUGGCACUUGCUGAGGAUGUGAUGGAGGAGCUGCAGGCCGCCUCCGUGCACAGUGACGAGCGGGAGCUGCUCCAGCUGCUGUCCACCCCCCACCUCAGGGCGGUACUCAUGGUACAUGACACAGUUGCCCAGAAGAAUUUCGACCCUGUCCUCCCUCCUCUGCCUGAUAACAUUGAUGAGGAGUUUGAAGAGGAAUCAGUGAAAAUCGUCCGCCUGGUGAAGAACAAGGAACCCCUGGGUGCCACCAUCCGACGCGAUGAGCACUCGGGAGCCGUGGUCGUGGCCCGGAUCAUGCGAGGGGGUGCAGCCGACCGAAGCGGCCUGGUGCAUGUUGGAGAUGAGCUUCGAGAAGUGAAUGGAAUCGCAGUCCUGCACAAGCGGCCUGACGAGAUCAGCCAGAUCCUGGCCCAGUCUCAGGGGUCCAUCACCCUGAAAAUCAUCCCAGCCACCCAGGAGGAGGAUUGCUUGAAGGAGAGUAAGGUGUUCAUGCGAGCCCUCUUCCAUUACAACCCUCGGGAGGACAGGGCCAUUCCCUGCCAGGAGGCAGGUCUGCCCUUCCAGCGCAGGCAGGUCCUGGAGGUGGUGAGCCAGGAUGAUCCCACAUGGUGGCAGGCCAAGAAAGUGGGGGACACCAACCUUCGAGCUGGCCUCAUCCCUUCCAAACAGUUCCAGGAGAGGAGACUAAGCUACCGAAGAGCCACAGGCACCUCGUCCAGCGCCCAGAGCCUCAAGAAACCGCCCUAUGAUCAGCCUUGUGACAAAGAGACCUGUGACUGUGAGGGAUCCCUCAGAGGACACUAUGUGGCUGGUCUCCGGAGGAGCUUCCGGCUGGGCCGCAGGGAGAGGCUGGGCAGUGCCCCGGAAGGAAAGGCACCCGCCGUAGCAGAGCCUUUGGAGCUGCUAACUUACGAGGAGGUGGCCAGGUACCAGCACCAGCCUGGCGAGCGGCCACGUCUGGUGGUUCUGAUUGGUUCCCUGGGAGCCCGACUGCAUGAGCUGAAGCAGAAGGUGGUGGCAGAAAACCCACAGCACUUUGGCGUUGCUGUUCCACAUACCACCAGGCCACGAAAGAGCCAUGAGAAGGAAGGUGUGGAGUACCACUUUAUCUCCAAGCAAGCAUUUGAGGCAGACUUGCAUCAUCACAAGUUCCUGGAGCAUGGUGAAUAUAAGGAGAAUUUCUACGGGACCAGCCUGGAGGCCAUUCGGGCUGUCAUGACCAAAAACAAAGUGUGUUUAGUGGACGUGGAGCCAGAAGCACUGAAACAACUGAGGACCUCAGAAUUCAAACCCUACAUUAUAUUUGUGAAGCCUGCAAUUCAGGAAAAAAGGAAGACACCACCUCUGUCCCCGGCAUUCGAGGCCACAGCAGCCCCGCUUGAUGAGGAGCAGCAGGAGAUGGCCGUCUCCGCCGCCUUCAUAGACCAGCAUUACGGGCACCUGGUGGACGCCGUGCUGGUGAAGGAGGAUCUCCAGGGUGCUUGCAGCCAGCUCAGAGUGCUCUUGGAGAAACUGAGCAAGGACACUCACUGGGUGCCUGUCAGCUGGGUCAGGUAACUCUAUCCUCGGACAGCCCAGUUGGAGAAGACCAUGAAGACCAUCUAGUCCAGCCACCUCGUUUUACCACCAAGGCAUCUCAAGCAUGGGGAGGGGUGAAAUUCUCCACGUACUCCAUCAUCAGGAAGAGGACAGUGGGAAGUCUUGUUUGUGGUUGGUUUUUGUCUGUUGUCUCUCAGAAAACCACGACUUGAAGGAGACGUGUCACAGAGUAACACAUUUCACUCAUUAAAGCAUCACAGGCAAGUGUUUCCCUGAGUCUUUGUGCCAGUGUUAAGUAGCCGCUGU